AUGCCUAAUGGGAGUUUGGAAAAAUGGUUGUAUUCUCACAAUUACUGUCUGGAUAUCCUACAGAGAUUAAACAUAAUGAUAGAUGUUGCAGCAGCGUUGGAAUAUCUCCAUCAUGGUUCUGCAACAACUAUUGUUCAUUGUGAUUUAAAGCCUAGCAAUGUCUUACUAGACAAAGAUCUUGUUGCACAUGUGAGUGACUUUGGCAUUGCCAAACUCUUAGAUGACAGGGAUUCUAUUAUACAAACCAACACCUUGGCCACCAUUGGAUACAUGGCACCAGAGUAUGGAUCAGAAGGAAUCGUUACUGCAGCAGGAGAUGUCUACAGCUUUGGUAUAUUGUUGAUGGAAACAUUUACAAGGAAGAAGCCCACAGAUGAAGUGUUUGAGGAAGGAAGGAGCCUGAAGUCCUGGGUAAAAGAGGCAUUGCCCGAUUCAGUAACUGAAAUAGCAGAUGCCAACUUGCUUGGAGAAGAAAAUUUCGCUGCUACAAGGGAUUGCAUAUUGUCUACACUGGAAGUUGCUGUGGAUUGCUGUGUGGAAAGGAGAAUUGACAUAACCGAUGUCCUAAGUAGACUUAAAAAGAUCAGAACUACGUUUGAAAAGAGUGUACCAAUGACCUCAUUGUGA